AUGUAAUUAAAAAAAAAACUCCGUACAAUGUAUAAGGAGUUAGUAGUUUUGUGUUGUGCAAUUGCAUUUAUAUUAGUUUCAACAACAGAAGCUAAAGGAGGGAGAAGCGGUGGAAGCAGAAGUAGUGGAAGGAGUAGUAGCAGAAGUUCCAGUGGAGGAGGAGGAUUUUUCAGUAGCGGUAGUAGCGGCAAAAGUUCCAGUGGAAGCGGUGGAUUUUUCAGUAGAAGUAGUGGAAGCAAAAGUUCCAGUGGAAGCGGCGGGCUUUUCAGUAGCAGUAGUGGUAGCAAAAGUUCCAGUGGAAGCGGGGGAUUUUUCGGUAGAAGUAGUGGUAGCAAAAGUUCCAGUGGAAAAGGAGGAUUUUCCAGUGGCGGUAGUAGUGGAAGUUAUAAAAGUAGUAGUAGUGGUAGUAGAAGUGGAAAUAGCUUUAGCGGAGGCUGGUUUCAUGGUUUCUUUCACAACUCACCUUAUCGUUACACCUACACACCAACCCAUAUAGUCUAUGGUGGUACUAGUAGUAGUAGUAGUUCAAAUACAGAUUCAUAUCAGUCGCCAAUCGAAGAGGAAGAAGUAGAACAGAAAAAAGAAACUAGUGACUAUGCCGUAGGCUAUUCUAUAAGCAAAGCUUUAAGCAGUGACUUUUUCUCCAUUUUUAAUGUGGUCCAUGAUGUUUCAAAAUAUCCUCAGAAAAUCCGAAAUAAAGAGCUACUAACAACGACGACCCAAAGUCCGGUGUCCACAACUAGUACAACUUAUGGCUAUGAUACAGAAUCGUUUUUUCCUGAUUAUGAUACCCUUUUCGAUAAGGUGGACUCUAAAAAUGAUUUAGAGAACAAUGAUGGAAUUCAAGAAAGUGUUGGAAAUUUGGAAAAAGUUUUUGAUGUUACAUCUACAGAAACCAUUACAACCAAGGCUAAAACAAAUUCAUAUUCUCCUGAUUGGAUGAACCCUAAUAAUAUGCUUGGUAUUGAUGAGAACAUUCAGAAACAACUUGUGGAAAUGCAUUCCAAUAUAGCUAGAAAUGAUUUGCCAUCUACAGAAAGUACUACAACAAAUGUUGAUACAACAUCAUAUUCUCCUGAUGAAAAUACGAACUCUAAGAGAAGAUUUGAAGUUCAUAACAGCAUUGCAAACGAACUUGAGGAAGGUUCGUUUUACAAAACAAAGGAGUCAUUUGAUGAUAUGAUGAAACGAAUGGAGAACAUCUAUAGUCCAUUCCGCUUAUUUUAGUAACUGUAAUUUUUAUUAAUUUUUUGAAAACUGUACACCAUGGAAUAAACUCAUAGAAGGAGUGAGAAAUAUCAGUGGAAAUAAUUUCUCUCUUUUCACAAAUGCGGGUGAUAAAAUAAAAAAAUACAUGUAAUA